UAACAUCAUUCAUUCAUAUUUAAAAACACCUUUAUCAUCUGUUCACAUACAGGAAAGGAAAUGCAAUAUCAAAUUUUUCGCUGAAUCGAUAAAGAUGUCACAUUCCUAUGAAAUAACAUUAUUCCGGCUACGAAUUUAAAGGGAGGGUCGUUUUCCAUCGAAUCUAUUCCAUUUUAAUUCCAUAUGGUCAUCAUAUCCAGGAACGAAUACAUCUGGAUUAUUCCGGAAAAAGAAAGCGAGUACUCGGUUCCUGUUGGUGCUAGGGUUAAAUCUGCAGAAGGGAGCAGGUACUUAGUCCAAGAUGACGAAGGCCAGGAAUACUACGUAGGACCGAAUAGAAAAAUAAGGGUUAUGCACUCGACAUCAGUUCAAGGCGUGGAAGAUAUGAUAAGCUUGGGUGAUUUGCACGAGGCUGGUAUAUUGCGGAAUUUAUUGAUUCGAUAUCAAGAAGGCUUUAUCUACACUUACACUGGGUCUAUCUUAGUUGCCGUUAACCCUUACGAAGUUUUACCAGUCUACACCCCCGAGCACGUUAAAAUGUAUAGGAAAAAGAAAAUAGGAGAACUGCCUCCACAUAUAUUCGCUAUAGCUGACAAUGCCUAUUCCAGCCUAUUCCGUGUUGGAAAUCAAUGCAUCAUAAUUAGCGGGGAAAGUGGAGCCGGCAAAACGGAGAGCACCAAAAUAGUAUUGCAAUUUCUAGCCGCUAUCAGCGGCCAACAUUCCUGGAUCGAACAACAAAUCUUGGAAUCCAAUCCUAUUUUAGAAGCAUUCGGUAACGCCAAAACUAUUCGCAAUGAUAACUCUAGUCGAUUCGGGAAAUAUAUUGAUAUUCAAUUUAACAAAACGGGCAGCAUAGAAGGGGCUAAGAUAGAACAAUACUUGCUGGAAAAGUCACGGAUAGUUCAUCAAGCUCAAGACGAGAGGAACUACCACGUUUUCUAUUGCAUGCUUGCAGGAAUGUCGGAGGACGAGAAACGCAAACUUUACUUAUCCAAGCCUUCCAAUUACUUCUAUCUUACACAAGGAGGUGGAUCCUUAGUAUGCGAGGGUAGACAGGAUUCAGCAGAAUAUCUAAAUAUCUUAUCGGCCAUGAAAGUCUUGCUGUUCGGGGAAGAUGAAAUAUACAAUAUUUUUCAGUUACUGGCCAUCAUUUUGCACCUCGGAAAUUUGAAUUAUAAAGGAACUACCAUAAAAAACUUGGACGCUAGUGAAAUAGCCAAUCCAAGCACGCUGGAACCUUUGGCUAAACUUUUAAUGGUCAAGCCUUCCGACCUUAAUCGGGCCUUAACAACCAAAACCUUGAUAACUGGCGGGGAGACGGUUAUAUCCACUCUAGGGGCUGAGCGGUCCAUGGACGUUAGGGAUGCCUUCUGCAAGGGUAUAUACGGAAAGUUGUUUGUUUGGAUAGUGGAGAAAAUUAAUUGCGCUAUAAAGGCUCCCCAUCACAAUGACAACUCCUCCGGAAAAAUAAACCCGGAUAUGAGCAGCACGUAUUUCUUCAGCAAUCACAACUCAAAAACAAACCUGACCAAUGGCUAUAACGGGACCAUAUGUCGGAAUGGCAUAAACGAAGAUUCCUCAAACCUCGGAGUCUUAGAUAUUUUUGGAUUCGAAAAUUUCCACUUUAACAGUUUCGAACAAUUUUGCAUCAAUUACGCCAACGAAAAUUUGCAGCAAUUUUUUAUACGACAUAUAUUCAAGCUUGAACAAGAAGAGUACAACUCUGAGGGCAUAAAUUGGCAGCAUAUAGACUUCGUAGAUAAUCAAGAAACACUUGACCUGAUAGCUGGUAAGCCCCUUCAUUUGGUCAGCUUGAUCGACGAGGAAAGCAGGUUUCCCAAAGGUACCGACAUAACCUUGUUAGACAAACUCAACCAUACUCACGCUUCCCACAAUUCUUACAUCAAAACGAGGGGCCACGCUUCCGCUAAGCAUUUUGGCAUUAAUCAUUUUGCGGGCCGAGUUUAUUACGAUAUCAGAGGUUUCAUAGAAAAGAAUCGGGAUACGUUUAGCGCCGAUCUGCUUAGUCUCAUCUAUAGCACUAACAAUAAAUUUCUGCAUUCCCUUUUCCAGAAAGAGAAGAUGCUUGGUCCGGAGACAAGAAAAAAAUCGCCUACCCUAGGCCUACAAUUCAAGCGUUCCUUAGAUCUGCUCAUGAAAACGCUGGAAACAUGUCAACCAUUUUUUAUACGUUGCGUCAAGCCUAAUGACGACAAAAAGCCAGGGAUAUUCGAUCGGCAAUUAGUCAUAAAACAACUUCGAUAUUCGGGCAUGAUGGAAACUAUCAGGAUAAGGAGGAACGGUUACCCCAUAAGGCACGCUUUCGUAGAUUUUUACGAUCGCUACAAGCAUUCAAUCCCUGUUUACGUCUUGCGUUCGGCGGGAAUCACCAUAUACAAUAAUAGCAAAGACAAAACCCGAAAUACUAAACUAAUAGAGUCUCAGAUAGAUUUCAGGAAGGCGGUUAACAUCAUUUGUAGCAAUGUUUUGGGCAACAAGGCCGAUUUUCAGAUAGGGCAUGCCAAAGUCUUUUUAAAAGACUGCCACGAUUUAUUCCUAGAACAAGCCAGGGAAAGGGCGCUAACGCAAAAAAUAAUACUCAUCCAAAAGGGUGUCAGAGGGUGGAUAGCCCGGAGACGCUACAUUAAUACGCUCAGAGCAACUCUAGUCAUACAAAAAUACUGGAAAGGGAGGCUUGAGAGAAGAAAAUUCUUGACAAUGUUGAUUGGAUUUUCCCGACUCGAAGCCUUGAUCAAAGCCCGGAGAUUGAGGAACGAAUUCCUGGCGACUCAACAUUUUAUGAUCAAUCUUCAGGCCUUGUGCAGAGGAUUUCUGGUACGCAAGGAAACUCGGAUUAAAAUCGAAGCUGCUCUUAAAAAUCCUCAAAAAUUUAGGAAAGAUAACCACGAUAAUAAAGACAACAAUAAAUAUAACUGUAACAACAAUAAAACCAAUGCGAAAUUUAAUUCUCAAUCCACAAACUCGACUAUGGACGAGCAAGCGACGAUCGAAGAACUUUUCGGGGAUUUGGAUCUGGAGGCUGAAGAUGAUAGUGAAAGUUUUAAUAAUGGCGCCAACGGAAAAAUUAAGGGAAUCAACGAUAUCAAGCACAUUGGCAGUAACAAAAAAUUAGUGGGGCGUUCUGGCGACGAAAGUUCCAUGGCCGCUCCUACGGCUUUUAAGGACUUGGAGGUAUCUCGCCAAAAAGCUCUCUUGAACCACAAAAAACAGCAAGAAACCCAUUCGGACGAAAUAUUUUGCGAAGAUUUUGAUUUGAAUUCCUUUGACGAGGCCGAGCUAUCCGAGUACAAAUUCAUAAAAUUCGCCACUACCUAUUUUCGGGGUAACGUUACCCAUUCAUUUAUCAAAGGGGAGCUCAAGCAGCCCCUGUUACCUCACAAAAAUCCAGGUGAUAUACUAGCCGCUCUCGAUGUCUGGAUCAUGAUUUUAAGGUUCAUGGGGGAUUUGCCGGAACCGAAUGACAAUGUCGUGAAUCCUACAUAUUCAAGGCAAUUUUCCAAUCAUAAGAAUGCUAAAUUAUCUAGUCACUCUAAUAACGGAAUAAGGGACGAUAAUACAUCCGUCAUGAACAAAAUAUACACUACUCUCUCUAGAACCGCGGGCAAAAGUAUAGCAGCCGAUAAAGCCUUCUCCAACAACGCCUCAAAUGAUAACGGCAUCAACCAUAACAACCAGUACAAUAAUAAUCAUAAGCCUAUUGGUCAUCCGAGAGAAACGCUCCGUAAAAAGCUCAUUUCACUCACCCUGAAACGCAAGUCUAAAAUGCCGGUCGAUUUGAUGAUGAGACAAGACAACGGAAGGAAAGAAGAUUUUAAGAGAUCAGACCCGAAUGGGUAUUGCGUCAACGAUAAUUCAACUAAGCAAGGAACCAACGGUUUGAAUUUUGCAAACGACGAAGAAGAUACAAGUGGUUAUUUUUGCAUAGACCCCUCGAACCCCGUUGCUUCGCUUAAACACAAACCGAUGUCUAACUUGGAUAAACUGCAUUUCAUUAUAGGCAAUGGCAUUCUAAGACCUCGAAUUCGGGACGAGCUAUUUUGCCAGAUCUGCAAACAGCUGACAGGUAACCCCCACCCUGACACGAGUAAAGUUAGGGGAUGGAUCCUCCUAUCACUGUGUCUUGGCUGUUUCCCGCCCUCGCCCACUUUCGAAAAAUACUUGAGGAACUUCCUCCACCAAAAUAAACAGAGCGAACAUAAAUUAGAACUACCUGUUAAUAACUUGUUGGCCAAUAAUUCUAAGCGAGCCGUUUCCAUAGAUUUUGCUUCUAGAUGUCUCCAUAGGCUCAAGAGAACUCUUAAAAAUGGUGCCAGAACACAACCACCUAGCUGGUUAGAACUUCAAGCCGCCAAGGCAUCUGUGGCAGCAGUUUAUAACGCUAAAAGAAUUAAUGGCAAAGAAGAUCCGAGGCGCUGGUUAUCGGAGAGAGAACCUCCAAUAAUGUUACCAGUUACUUGCAUGGAUGGGCGGACAGAAAAUUUACCCGCCGAUUGUGCCACCACUUCUCGAGAACUGUGCCAUUUGAUAUCCCUCAGACUGGGCCUGAUUUCACCCGAUCUCCCCCCAGCUAAUAAAUUGAUCAAUGGCGGGACUCCUCCCAGAAACACCUUUCCAGUGUUCGGCUUUUCUCUCUACGUGGCCCUUUUCGACAAAGUGUCCUCGUUAGGAGAUGGAGAUGAUCACGUGAUGGAUGCUGUGUCUCAAUGCGAGCAAUACGCCAAAGAAACUGGGGCCCAGGAAAAGAACGCACCCUGGCGACUGUUUUUUAGAAAAGAGAUUUUUGUACCCUGGAGGGAGGAAAGCGACACUACUGAAUCUCCUUACAAUACUUCAACAGUACAUGUUGGAUUGAAACCAGGUGCCGUGAUAGAUCUGGUAUACCAACAAAUAGUGCGGGGAAUAAAAUUUGGCGAAUACCGUUGCGAAAAAGAGGAGGAUUUGGCUCUGGUAGCGUUGCAACAAUACUACGUAGAGCACAAAAAAAAGUUAAACAAUAAUUCAACUGUUGGGGAGUUAGACCGAGUUCAUCUACUUUCUGCGCUUCCUUCUUACAUUCCCGAUUACUAUUUACAGCAGGAAGGCUCAAUGGAACAUUGGAUGAAGAAGGUUAUGGGUGUUUAUCAGAGUACUACGAUUUUCGAGCAGAAUGUUCCAGCUAUAAGGAUGAAGGAAGAGAUAGUCAACUACGCCAAGUUCAAAUGGCCCCUGCUCUUUUCCCGCUUCUAUGAGGCCUCACUCAUAGCAUCCACCAAUUUGUCUGUUUCAUCUGAAUCUUUGCCAGAUAUCUUGAAUUCCGGUAUCGGCCAUUUGCGCAAAAAUGUAGACAUUAUCAUAGCCGUAAAUUGGACCGGUUUUUAUGUGGUGGAUGACCAGGAGAGAGUUUUACUAGAACUUUCGUUUCCAGAAAUCGUCAGGUGUCAGGCCCUCUCCUCUUCUAACCAAUUGUCUGUACUCUGUAUUUCGACAGCCAAACAAGAAUCCAUGGUAUUUAAAUGCAGUGGCGCGCGAGACGUUUCUCAACUCAUGAACUACUUUUUGGGAGGUCUGAGGUACCGAUCGAGAUACGCUAUUGCCUCUACCGAUUUCAUAGAAUCAGAUCCAUCAUUCCUGUCUUGUCUCAAGGGUGAAAUCAUUCAACUCGACAAACCUUAUGGCAGCUAUCUAAAGGCAUCGAUUAAUGCCAAUAAUAACAAUUGUGAUAUCUACAAGGUAUAUAAUAUCUACGAUAGUUUGAACCAUCACCAAAGUCACGGUAAUAACAAAUCUAACAAAAUGUGGCUUUCGGCGCUCUCCUUGAGCACGCAAAGAAAAGGGGAAAUUCCGUCCAACGCGGUUUACGUUAUUCCUUGCUUAACCUGUCCAGACCCCGACACCUCUAAUUUACUUGCCACGUCUAUCAAAGCCCAAAGUGUUAAUCAGUCUAUCUCGGACGUCGAUCGAAUGCUAAGUACUUUGGGGUGCGCCACGCUCAAUAAUGCCGUGUACAGAUCAGCAACAGAAUUUCGGAGGGACGCUGGUGGGCGAGAUGAAACAGUUGAUACGAUGGACAGCGUCAAUGCUAAUAACAGACCUCACGAUCUGAGACGUUUUGCCUUGGAACAUUUCAGGAAUCGGGAAAAAAUUCAAGCUCCAAAACGUUCAUUCGGACAGACACUUUCAUCCACGUUAAGCCGAAAAAAUCCGCUUAAAAACUUUAUGUCCCACAUAUCUCACAAUAACCCAGACCCGAAUACUUCUUCCAAUAUCAAUCCACCCAGAUCUCCCCCCUCACCCAGUCAAAUGAUUUAUCAAGACAAUAGCAAUACUUCGGUAACUCUUUCAUUUAACGGUAACCACCACGAAAACAAUAGUGGGGAGGAAUGUUUAUGGACGCACGCCAAAGAACCCCUCAUAUCCCCUUUGCUCAAAAAACUGGCUGGGAAAGAUCAACUGUGUCACUUUGCUUGUUCGAUCUCCUUAUCCAUCGCUAAGUACAUGGGGGACCAGCCUCUGAGACGCAAGCUUAACUAUUCCCACUAUCAUCAACCUUACAGCGCUGUCCUAUCUUCACCCUCCUUAGGAUAUGCUAGCAAUGAAUCGCCUCCUUUGCCACUACAUUCUGUUGAUUUGACAGAUCAAAUAUUCCAACCGGCAUUGAAAAUGGAGAUUCUGAGGGAUGAGAUUUAUUGCCAACUUAUCAAGCAACUCACCCAAAAUCCCAACAAGACAAGCGAAGAAAGGGGUUGGGAAUUGAUGUGGCUUGCCACUGGUUGUUUUCCUUGCUCACGUUUAAUUUUACCUGAACUGACGGAAUUUCUAAGGACUUCUCAUUGCGCAUCUAGCCUUAACUCACCAUUUAAUCAUAAUUAUCGGGGAUUGGGAGUGGGUGUUACAAAAGAUUCGUCUAUAGCUUUGCGGAGGGACUGUCUACUACGAUUACAAAAGACACUAAAAGUGGGACCGAGAAAAUUUCCUCCUCAUCCUGUGGAAGUUGAAGCUAUCCAGCGCAAAACGACUCAAAUAUUUCACAAGGUCUACUUUCCAGAUGACACAGAACAGGCUUUCGAAGUCGACUCCGGCACGAAAGCAACCGAAUUUUGUUUUCACAUCUCUCGACGCUUAGGCCUGAUUACGUCACAGGGCUUUAGCCUUUUCGUCAAAAUAGCGGAUAAGGUUAUAAGCGUGCCAGAUCAGGACUUUUUCUUUGAUUUCGUGAGGCAUUUAACGGAUUGGAUCAAGAGAACUUGCCCCAACCCUAAUAACUUAGGUACCCCCAGCCUGAGCAAUAUGAACAAUUCUAGUACUAUCAUUUCGCUCAACUCCUUGAAUUCCUCGAGUCAGAUGGGUCAACAAUCUCAACCGGCCUUAACUUACCAAAUAUUUUUCAUGAGAAAGCUUUGGCUUAACGUAGUUCCAGGGGUUGAUAGGAACGCUGACCUCAUUUUCCAUUAUCAUCAAGAAGUACCAAAAUACCUAAGGGGAUACCACAAGUGCAACCCAGAAGAGGCCAAAAUUCUUGCCGCUCUAAUAUAUCGCGUCAAAUACGAUUGCGAUUCGAGUUCGCUGACUAUUCUGUCAUCCUUCUCCAAGGUGGCUAAGGAUCUGAUCCCUUCUUAUAUGCUUAGUAGGCAAGAUCAUAACAGUUCUGUGGUUAUGGAAGAUUGGAGGAAAGGCAUAGCUGAGUCUUACUCUCAAACUGUGGGUCUCACACCUGAAGAGGCUAAGAUCGAGUUUUUACGGAGAGUGUAUCAAUGGCCUACAUUUGGUUCCGCCUUUUUCGAAGUCAAGCAAACCACCGAGCCAAAUCUUCCCGAUUAUCUGAUAAUCGCGAUCAAUAAAAACGGAUUAACUCUAUUAGAUCCCAUCACUAAGGAAACCUUAUCAGUUUUCCCUUUCACCCAAAUAUCGAAUUGGAGUAGCGGUAAUACCUAUUUCCAUAUAACCAUAGGCAAUUUGGUGCAAGGAAGCAAAUUAUUGUGCGAAACAUCCUUGGGCUACAAAAUGGACGAUUUGUUAACUUCCUAUAUUGGACUCAUGCUUAGCACUAUGAACAAGCAAAGGAUCAAGGCUAGCACUAUGAAUCUCAACAGACUUUGAAAAAAUAACAAAUCUCAUUUAUAUAUAUUAAAUUUAUGAUAUUUUUAUAUUAUAGGGAAAUGGAGGAGCUUUUUGAUAAAUGCAUUUACAAAAAAUUAUAUU